AUGGCGGUUACGGAAAUGUUUGGCCGAUCGUUUUCCGAUGCUCUCUACGAGCGAUAUUGUGAUUUCGAUUCGACAUUUGAUGAUCUCAAGAAUGAUUGUGAUAUCGUUUUUUUCGUUGGUUCAUCGCCGAAAAAAACAGAAUCAGGUCUUGUCCUUAAUGCAUCGACUGUUGUUUUAACCGAUGAGCGCAUCUCUCAUGUCGGAGAUCCUCAUGCUGUGGCACUGUCAUGCUCUCAAGUCGAAUUGGUCGAUAUUUCAUCGAAUGCAUUUUCUGAUUGGCAUGAAAUAUCAUUACUUCUUUCAUCGUUACCUCAUGUCAAAACAAUCAAUCUAAGUUUCAAUCCAUUUCCAACUGAUCUGCAUCGGUUGCCAGAUGAUUUACAAUGGUCUAAUCUGAAUACUCUAUGUCUUAAUGGAAGUCAUAUUGGUCUCGAAAUGAUUGUGGAAUUGUUGAAGAAAAUGCCGAAUUUGGAAGAGUUACAGAUCUGUUCGAAUAACUACACAAGCAUAUCAUCGAAUUAUGAUUUUCAACAUGAAAAUCUCAAACGUGUUUACAUAUCAAACAACAGUCUAAGCGAAUGGGAAUCGAUAUGUCGCUUGGGCCGGUUGUUUCCACGUUUAGAAACAUUGAUCGCAAGUGAUAAUCCUCUGAUAAGCUUUCGUUCGGAUGAUGAUGUGACUGUUUGUUUACCAUGUUUACACACACUCAGUGUCGAUCAAGUGCAAAUAUCUGAUUGGAACGAUAUUGUUGCAUUAACAAAACUACCUUCGUUACACGCUUUACGAAUUCACGUUGCACCAUUAUUAAAAAAUUAUCAAAAAGAAGAACGUUUCUUUCUAUUACUUGGUUAUAUGAAACAUUUAACGAAACUGAAUGGUAGUGAUAUUACAGCAAACGAGAGAGAAACAAGUGAAAGACGAUUCAUUCGGCAUUAUUCACAGCAUGAUAUGAAACCACAACGAUACUUCGAAUUAACGGAAAAACACGGAAAUCUUAAACCUUUGGUGGAUAUUACAAUUCGUGCGCCCUAUUUAACAAAUGUCCGUUUAGUUUACAAUCAAACUACGCAUGAUAAAGAGAUUGAUGUUCGACAGACUGUUCAACAAUUCAAAAAAUAUCUUCAUGAGCUCUUUCGUUUGCCGUUAACACGCAUACGAAUUUUCUAUGUCGAUGAUGUGGCUUUCAACAUGGGCGUAUGUGGACCAGAAGAACUUCGAUAUCCACAACGAUUACUACAUACGUAUAAUAUCCACGACGGUGAUCAAUUUCAUAUUGAUUUGAAACCAGAGCCACCUAAGCCACAAUAUACAACACGAACAGCCGAUAGUGCCCGUUCGCGUAAGAAAUCCACCGAUAACAAUCGAAUCAAUUCGUCGACGUCGUCUGAUGAUGAUAAAGGGACCUCACCGGUUGUAACAUCUCCAUUUGCAUUUGAUUCGCUACAAAAAUUAGCUCAACAGAAGGAUACUCACGAUACUCAAGCGUCGAUCGAGCUCGAUGAAAUCUAUCCGUCCAUUGAUAAAACAGUUCAAAUGAUUAAGAAUGAUGAGGACGAUGAUGAGUUACUGUUAGCUGCUGCCGCAGCUACUUGUACAAAUCUGCAAACCAACAACAAUGACAACACUAUGACAGUCGUAGAAACAACAAAUGUAUUGUGUCAUUCCUCAGCGUACUCAUUGGCAUGCUUUGCACUCGGAUUAGACGACACGACCUCUUAUCUUCAAUAUCUUCGCAGUAAUGGUCCAUCCGCUAUUGUUCUUUCGUACCUUCUUUCUGGCCAUAUGCCAUAUUGGAAUGGUUGUCCAGUGUCGAAUGAUUACUUGAAUAUUAAACUGGAACAACAUGUCAAGGACAAUUGUCUCUUUGAACAAGAUUUGGAAUUUCUAUCCGAUGGUUUAGAAGGUCGUUCUCGAAAUCCUGUUUCGUUAUUGAUUGAUCAUCUGACACAUCCUGAUGCUGAUCUUGGCGCACAUUUACAAUCGAAACUCAAAUGGCGCCAUGACCCGUCGUCAGCAAUCAAUCACGUUUGUCUAGGCCGAGGUGGAAUCGGUGGUGUCUGGAAUAGUUUAACGUCGAAACAGUUACAAACUGUCAGCAUGGCUCAUUGGAUGGAAUUGCCCAACUAUUCGAUGAGUACAUUUCGACAACAACGCCGAGCACAUCGACUGCGUUUAGCAGCACAAAACGAACAGUCGUCAGUCAUCGAGGAUAAUGCGUCCUUGAGGGCGACAUAUGAAGAAGUUCGCUCGUAUUACGUUCACUAUGUGAAACGAAAUCGUUUAACGAAUCAUUUUCGAAACGGUUGUGAAGUGAAGUCGAUCGAACGUGUUUCGCUUGGUGAACCGGUUUUCGAUGAUGUCAACGAAGAAAUUCGCACAUCAGAACCACUAUGGGAAAUACGAGGUUAUGAAGAAAAAACGGGAAGUCCAUUUAUAAUCCACGCCAAAUACGUCGUUUUAGCAACUGGCAUUCCGCAAGAAAAAACCAUUCCUCUGGGAAUCAUCGGAGAACAAACAAGUCAAUCAUUUACUUAUACAUGUUUAUCUGAUAUUGAAGAUCUUAUCAUUAAUAAAAAAUAUUUAACUAAAACUCAUAAACCAUUGCUUGUCAUUGGUUGUGGACUAACCGCUCUUGAUGUAAUUCUUCUUUGUCAACAAUAUUCUAUACCUGUUCUACAUGUUUUUCGUCGUGCAAUUGAUGAUCAUGAACUUGUCUUUAACCAAUUAUCUCCUUCUCUCUAUCCCGAAUACGAACGUAUUAAAGAUAUGGCUAAAUUAUCUACAUCAUCGUCAUCCGAUUGGUCCUAUCAGUGCUUGGCACAAAGUGAAGUUGUUUCCAUAACGGAAGAUGGUACUGUACAUAUUCGUAAUGUUCGAACACAUUCGACUAGUGAACAUGAUGUCUCGUUUGUCGCGAGACUCACAGGUGCUGAGGUCACAACUCCGUUUCUUCAACGAGCAUCUACAAAAACGAAAACCGCUCUGCAAAUCAAUCCGUAUACAUACGAAUGCAUCGACUUUGAACACAUGUAUGCAUUAGGUCCGCUUGCCGGCGAUAAGCUUGUUCGAUUUCUACAGGGUGGGGCAUUUGCAUGUGCAGCAAGUUUAUUUAAAACCUUUCGACAAACAUCACCGAAGACAACAUAUAGGACGUGA